UUAAACUUACCGAGUGACGAGGCGACCAACGCAGCACAUAUUACAUUGUAAACUCGUGARGCGACCUCAUUAACAUUUCACUUCUCGAAUAUCUUUCAACCUUCACUACCGUCACUCAUCGUUCUCUCAAAACAGAAAAAUAACAUGGAUCAAGUAACUAAAGUGUUGGAACCCGGACGCCAGUUUUCCAAAGACUCRGUUAGGCUGGUAAAAAGAUGCACUAAACCCGACAGGAAAGAGUUUCAAAAAAUCGCAAUUGCUACGGCCAUCGGUUUUUGCAUAAUGGGUUUUAUUGGUUUCUUUGUCAAACUUAUUCACAUACCCAUCAACAACAUCAUUGUAGGAUCAUGAAUUGUUAGCAGAUCAGCUCCUUUAUUUCCUUAAAAAAAAACAAUAUAUCUUGAUAAAAAGAUGUGUGUAGUUCACAAUAUUUUUGUUUUUAUACUGUGUAUUAAAUAUUUGUGAACAAUAUUUGUGUUUCCCUUGUUCAUUUUAGUAAAUAGAGUUUAUAUUA